AACAUCAAACAGCUAAUAGCUAUGGCUUCACAGCCUGGAAUGCUCACCCACUGGCCUUGGGAAUCUCUUGGCCCCUUCAAGUACUUGGUUUUGGCUCCAUGGGUGGCUCACUACACGUACGAGUUCGUCAAGCAUCCGACUUCGGACUUGAGCACCUUCUUCAUCUUCUUCGCCAUCCUCCUCCGAUUCCUCCACAACGAGGUCUGGCUCUCUCUCCACCGCCGCCGAACCGCCACUCCGGCCAACAGGAUCGUCAACAAGCCCAUCGACGCCCACCAACUCCGCCGCGAAAGCAACUGGUGGUUUACUUUACUUUUUUUUUUUUUUUGAAUUCUACGUGCUACAUGUCUUUUUCCUUAAUCAAUCAAUCAAAUUAGUAUGUGUGACAUGUAAUAACGGGAUUUUUAGGGACGACCAAAUCAUUAUGUCGGGGCUACUGCUGUACGGCGUGCGGACGGCGCUGCCUGGCUGGAUAACCGAUCUCCCGUUCUGGCGGACGGACGGCGUCGUUUUGACCGCCGUCCUCCACGCCGGCCCGGUGGAGUUUCUCUACUACUGGCUUCACAGAGCUCUGCACCACCAUUUCCUCUACUCUCGCUAUCACUCCCACCACCAUUCCUCCGUUGUCACUCAACCAAUUACCGGUAAGUAAUUAAUUUAACUAGCAAUCUUUUAUACACAUGAAAUACGUACGAUGUACAAUAAUGGCAUGGGUCGGGCCGUAUAAAAAAUUGUACGACGUAGAAUAAUGGGUCAUAAUUAAUGGGGAUUUUCUUGUUGACUAAAUAAAUAAAAUGAAAUGAAGCUGUGAUACACCCUUUCGUGGAGACAAUGGCGUACAUCGUGCUGUUUGCGGUGCCGAUGGUGACGGUGGCGUUCACCGGAACGGCCUCCGUCGCGGCGAUCUACGGUUACAUCUUCUACAUCGACUUCAUGAACAACAUGGGACACUGCAACUUCCGGUCGCCGUUUGACUACUUUGCCUACUUCCCUCUCCUCAACCUUCUCAUGUACACUCCCACGUAUCACUCGGUGCACCACACCAAGCUUCAGAAGAAUUACUCGCUGUUCAUGCCUUUGUACGACUACAUCUACAAAACGAUGGAGACGGUGAAGGAGGACCACAGGCCGGCCCACGAGCAGUAAUUGGGGCGGGUGAGUCGAUGUCAGCCCAUUAAUGAAAACGCGCAGCAAGUCUACCAGACAACAAAAAUUGGCAGAAUAAAUGUGAACUGGGCCGGAUAUAGAAAGGGGAAAAAAGCGGUCAUUUACGGUUAGGUGGUGGUGGUGGGUUUCAUUUGGGUUGUCUUAAGUCUUAACACGAAAAGAUCAAAUUACAGUAACUGAUAGCUGCAAAAACAAAAUAAUAACUAUAUAUCUGUGUAAGUAUUGAUUGGGGGGAAAUUUGAAAGGCGUCUGUUAUAUUGUAUAAAAUAAACAAAAGAGAGACUGUUUGUGGUUAUGUUCCAACUUAUAUUAUGUAUAUUUUCGUCAAAAAAAAAAAAAAACUUAUAUUAUGUAUAUGGUGUUGGUGUGGUAAUAAAGUGAUGAUGAGUGGUGUUUCCAUUAUAUACAAGAGAAAGGUCAUUUGUCUUUUAACGGUCGUAAAUAAAAAACGAGACAGACACACACACCCUUGCACCAUGUCAAUCGAAAACACGUAUUAAGUGGAUUAUAAAUAAAUGAAUUCGCGGGUGGGUUUUAG